UCUGCUUCUUCCUCCCUCUCACUGCAAACGAAAUUAAUUCUUUUCUCAGUCCUUACCAAUCCCAAACGCAGCCAUGGGUGAAUGUCCAGUACACAAUACCAGAACCGCCCCCAUCGGCGGUGGCGGUACCAAGAACAAAGAUUGGUGGCCAGAGGGUCUCAGACUCAACAUCCUCCGUCAGCACACCCCCGUGUCGAACCCUCUCAGCAAGGACUUUGACUAUGCGAGUGCCUUCAAGAGCUUGGAUUACGAUGCUGUCAAGAAAGAUUUACAUGCUUUGAUGACCGACUCCCAGGAGUGGUGGCCCGCUGACCACGGUCACUAUGGUGGUCUUUUCAUCAGAAUGGCAUGGCACAGUGCUGGCACUUACCGUGUCGAGGAUGGUCGUGGUGGCGGUGGCCAAGGUCAACAGCGUUUCGCUCCCCUCAACAGCUGGCCCGACAACGUGUCCCUCGACAAGGCCCGUCGUCUGCUCUGGCCCAUCAAGCAAAAGUAUGGCAACAAGAUCUCCUGGGCUGAUUUGAUGCUGUUGACCGGUAAUGUCGCCCUCGAGUCAAUGGGCUUCAAGCCUUUUGGUUUCGCUGGUGGUCGUCCAGACACCUACGAGGCCGAUGAGGCUGUCUACUGGGGUGGUGAGACUACCUGGUUGGGUAACGAUGUCCGUUACUCCGACGGCAAGGCCGGUGCUCCAGAAGGAUCACACGGUGUCGUCGACUCCGACGAGCACAAGAAGGAUCACAAGGAUAUCCACUCCCGCGACCUCGAAUCUCCUCUCGGCUCGGCCCACAUGGGUCUGAUCUACGUCAACCCUGAGGGGCCCGACGGUGUUCCUGACCCCGUUGCUGCUGCUCGCGAUAUCCGAACCACCUUCGGCCGUAUGGCUAUGAAUGAUGAAGAGACAGUGGCUCUGAUUGCCGGUGGCCACAGCUUCGGCAAGACACACGGUGCCGCCCCAUCGGAUAACGUUGGCAAGGAGCCAGAAGCCACCCCCAUGGAGAACCAAGGUCUGGGCUGGCAGAACAAGCACGGCUCCGGAAAGGGCCCUGACACCAUCACCUCCGGUCUUGAGGUCAUCUGGACCAAGACCCCCAACAAGUUCAGCAUGAACUACCUUGAAUACCUGUUCAAGUACGACUGGGAACUGGAGAAGUCCCCUGCUGGUGCCAACCAGUGGGUGGCCAAGAACGCUGAUUCUUUCAUUCCUGAUGCCUACGACUCGAGCAAGACACACAAGCCAAGAAUGUUGACCACUGAUCUCUCUCUCCGCUUCGAUCCUACCUACGAAAAGAUCUCCCGAGACUAUCUCGAGAACCCCGACAAGUUCGCUGACGCCUUUGCCCGUGCUUGGUUCAAGCUGUUGCACCGUGACAUGGGUCCCCGAGCUCGCUGGCUAGGUCCUGAACUUCCCUCGGAAACUCUGCUCUGGGAAGACCCAAUUCCCCCUGCCGACCACCCAAUCAUCGAUGAGACCGAUAUCUCCAACUUGAAGAAGGAGAUUCUGGCCACUGGCUUGGACAACACCAAGUUCAUCACCACUGCUUGGGCCUCAGCCUCCACUUUCCGUGGCAGUGACAAGCGUGGUGGUGCCAACGGUGCCCGCAUCCGUCUUGCCCCUCAGAAAGACUGGGAGGUCAACGACAAGGCUUCGCUCCAGCAAGUUCUUGGCGCCCUGGACAACGUCCAGCAGAAGUUCAACAGCUCCGCCAGCGGUGGCAAGAAGGUUUCGCUGGCCGACCUUAUUGUUCUUGCAGGUGUCGCCGCCGUCGAAAAGGCAUCCGGUCUUUCUGUGCCUUUCACACCCGGUCGCACUGACGCUACACAAGAGGAGACUGACGAGCAUUCGUUCGAGCACCUCAAGCCUCACCACGAUGGUUUCCGAAACUACGGCAAGUCGACCCACCGAGUCAACACUGAAUUCUUCCUUGUCGACAAGGCUCACCUCCUGGAACUUACCGCACCCGAGAUGACCGUAUUGGUCGGUGGUCUCCGUACCUUGAACGCCAACUGGGACGGUUCCAAGCACGGUGUCUUCACUAAGCGCCCUGGUCAAUUGAGUAACGACUUCUUUGUCAACCUGCUCGAUGUCAACACCGCCUGGAAGUCAGUCGAUAACACUGGUGAAUUGUUCGAGGGUGUUGACCGCAAGACUGGCGAGAAGAAGUGGUCCGCCACCCGCUACGACUUGGUCUUUGGUUCUCACGCUGAGCUGCGCGCCAUUGCUGAGGUCUAUGCUCAAGCUGAUGGUGCCGAGAAGUUCACCAAGGACUUUGUUACUGCUUGGGAUAAGGUCAUGAACCUUGACCGAUUUGAUAUCCACAAGGGUAUGCAACCAGGCAAGGCCAGUGCCAGACUGUAAAUGGCUGAAACGAAUUAUAAUGUUACAACAAACAAGGUGCCUUGAUGUUUAGCUAGAGUUGAUAGUCAUGAAUAAAAAUCAAUGAACGGCA